ACGCACGAGCGCGGCGCCGGCAGCACGACAAGUCGGCGACUCGUGCGCCCGCCGGAAACCGGCCGCGUCUCACCGGCCAAGCUAGCUACAAACGCGUCGUACGGCCACGCCCGCGUGCCGACGCGGGCCUCCACCUUUUCUCUCCUCCCCCCGCCCGCUCCUCCCAUGCGCGGGCGCCGCACCGCCCCCCGCCGGCCAGACGAGAUGACGGACUCCAUCCUCACGCCGUCGGAGCACGCGGCCGCCGGCGCGGGCGAUCACUACGGCGACGGAGCAGGCGAGCUGUGCCAGUACCAGCACGGCGGCCCCGCCAGGGCGCCGCGGCUGGGGCUCGAGAUCCGGGAGCCCUUCCUGCAUCUGAUCGCGUCCAUGCGAGCCGCGCUCAACCCCGCGGCCGCCGACGGCGGCGCCGGCCCGGAGGGGGAGGAGGCGCCAGCGGGGAAGAAUCAGGGCCGGAGACGGCUGACGCGGGUGGGACUGCGGGCGCUCCAAUUCGGCCAGAACAAGAUCGCUAGAACGGACGUGGUCGAAAUAGCGGCCAAGUUCCAGUACAAGAAGCCCAAGAAGAUCGUGCUCCAGGUGCACCGGGACAACGCCUUCGUCAAGGUCGACAUCCUCUGGUCCAACAUACUGGCCAUGUCGGCGCGCUUCGACGACCCGAGAUUCGACACGCUGAGGAUCAAUGUGAAAUGCCCGUCCGAGCGGUACACUGCCACUCAACCUACAGCUGCAAGAAUGCAUCUCCGAUGGCAGCGGUGCGACGAUGUUCAGCCAAGGACCUUUUUCCUCUGGUUUGACAAGGGGACGCUGGAGAGGGCCUACGGCAAAAUGAUGUACGCCGACCCUUCGCUGCUUCUACUGCCGUCGCGCUUUCCCGGACAGGAGGAACAAGAAGCCCAUGCAACAAACGCCCAACAAAUCGUCGCUGCCGUUCCCUUCCCCGCCAUUCCUCGGUGGGGCGGCGCUCAUCAUGAUGGCAGGCUCAGCAAACACUGGGGCUGAUUCUCCGACGCGUCAUGAGCACAGGGGCACCCAGUUGUAGGACUCAGACUCAAUUAGCACAUGUUCAUUCCUUGUAUAGAUACCUGUUAUUCAUUCAUAUUCAUCAUCUUCAUUUGUUGUACCGAUAUCAUACAGGGUCAAUUUAAAACAAUGGUUUCGUCA